AUGUCACAAUUUAUUUUAAUUGGACUUCUAUUAACAUUGAUAGUUUAUACAUCGGCAGAUUUAUGUUUACAUGGAGAAAUAUGUGGAAAUUCUUCACACACAUUUUGUUGUCCAACAAAUACACGAUGUGGUAUCUCUGCUAAUAGACGUUGCUAUUCACAAUCGAAUGGACCAACACUUGCAGGAAUCAUAUUCACUAUUAUAAUUAGUCUAUUCAUUUUUAUAAUGAUACUAAGAGCUUGUAUUGCAUGUUGUUCAUCCAGGAAUGAUUAUGAUUCAAUACAAUCAUCCGAUCCUGCAUAUCUAUCUAGAUCAGGAGCUGUUGUUUGUGCAGUUGCAACAAGUCAUUGUUAA